GCAUAUACACUAUAUUGCCAAAACUAUAGGGGAACCCCUCCACAUCAUUGGAUUCAGGUGUUCCAAUCACCUCUAUGGCCACAGGUGUAUAAAAUCAAGCACCUAGGCAUUCAGACUGCUUCUACAAACAUUUGUGAAAGAAUGGGUCACUCUCAGGAGCUCAGUGAAUUCAAACAUGGUACCGUGAUAGGGUGCCACCUGUGCAAUAAGUCAAUCCGUGAAAUUUCAUUGAUACUAAAUAUUCCACUGUAAACUGUUAGAGGUAUUAUAACAAAGUGGAAGCACCUGGGAGCAACAGCAAGUCAGCCACGAAGUGGCAGAGCAGGAUCAGCGCAUGCUGAAGCACACAGUGCGUAGAAGUCGGCAACUGUCUGCAGAGUCAAUAGCUAAAGACCUCCAAACUUCAUGUAGCAUUCAGAUUAACACAAAAAAACAGUGUGUAGAGAGUUUUUAAUGGAAUGGGUUUCCAUGACUGAUCAGCUGCAUCCAAGCCUUACAUCACCAAGUGCAAUGCAAAGCAUCGGAUGCAGUGGUGUAAAGUACGCCUCCACUGGACUUAAGAGAUCGGUACUUGCCUGACUGCAUUGUGCCAAGUGUAAAGUUU